CACAUCUUGCAUGUUUUAACCAAAGAAAUCAUGGAUUGGUAUUCUUGGUUAUCCAAGACUACUCUUGAUCAAACACUUAUCUAUGAGUAUUGUCUUAUUUUCAGCAGAAAUGAACUUCACAAAGAGGAUUUAACUUACUUCAACCAUGAGUUCCUACAAAGCAUGGGCAUAACUAUAGCAAAACACAGACUAGAGAUUCUCAAAUUGGCAAGAAAGGAAGGAGGAACCACAUCAAAUGGCCUCUCAAGACUUGUUUUGGCAAUUAACAAAACCAAGAAGCUCAUUUCCAAGAACUUCAGCAAGCUCAGUUUUCACCGAACGUCGACUCAUCUCGCUCUAUCCCAGCUCAAACCUUAUCGAACACAGUGGACCGGAGCACUAAAGAUGCUCGAGAGCUCGAAGGAACAAAGGCAAGAGAAAGCCAUAGUUACAACCAGAAACACGAUGAAGUCAGGACCACUAGACAGAAGAAUGCAAGACAAAAUGAUGGUUACAAGUAGGAAUCUGAGUGUCUCAGGUCCUUUGGAUGGGAAAAUUCAAGAAAAACUGAUGUACCCUAAUAGGAGUCCAAUGAAGUCUGGGCCAUUGGACAGAAGGUACCAAAAUAGUGCUGUUUAUCCAAGCAGAAGCAAUAAAUCUGGGCCAUUGGAUGCAAAGGGCAUGAGCCCAAGGCUUAAUCACUACAGUCAAGAAAUGAUACAAGCUGAUGAUGGCGUUUACUCACAAUGGUCUUUAAUGUUUCAAGAUAUGAAGCCCACUUGACAACUCAUAUGAAGCUGCAGAUUAUAGAAUCCUAGGUUAGUACUAUGUUUUUAGUAGAUAUCUGUUUUGCUUUGGUUUUUAGUAGCAAAAAGGAAGAAUGCACUUUUAAGGUAUGGAACAGACAUGGGGUUUGCUGUCUCAACAUUCCUUAUUCUGUUGUAACCUUCUUUUCUGUAUUUGUGUACUUGAAAGUCUUGAAUUUUACUAUCAAAUAUGUGUGACAGUUGGUUCA